UUGGUGGCACUAGCGCUGGAACAGCACCUCGUGAUGAAUAUGAAGAGAUGGAAGAGAUUCUUAUCAUAUGAACAAAAGACGGGCGGUUAGUUUAUACAAAAUAUACACAACGAUAUUUUUUUGAGCCCCUGACGGAGCACGGCCCGUCCACGUCCCGGAUAUGUGUGGAUAGACCUUAAUCCUUAGCCUGCAAAAUGAAAAGGAAAAACGAAGCCAUGUGUUUUUUGACUUUGACGUUGUUGAACUUGUUGACAACACUAGCUUGAUUGAGGUUAUUUUGUUAGAUCGUAAUAUUUUGAACCUUCUGUUUGUCCACAAAAAGGUUUGCAUUAAUAUUGGAAAAGGAAGUAAACAAAGAUGUCCAAACCUAAAAUAAAAGUGAUAAGUCGGAAUCCAGAGGACUACCUGCGUGCUUCAAAGCGAGACAUUCACAAAUUACCUCGAAAUUAUGAUCCAAGUCUUCACCCGCUGGAAGCACCGCGAGAAUACGUGCGGGCAAUGAACGCUGUAAAACUCGAAAGGGUUUUCGCUAAACCCUUUAUCGGGAAUCUCGACGGGCACCGUGAUGGAGUUUCCUGCUUGGCUAAGCACCCGAGUCGAUUGGCUGUGCUCGCAAGUGGGGCCUUUGAUGGUGAAAUACGCAUUUGGGAUUUAGUUUACAGAAAAUUUACUAGAAACUUUCAAGCCCAUGAAGGCUGGGUUCGUGCUAUAUGCUACAAACCCAGCGGAGACGCAUUUACGAGUGUUGGUGAUGAUAAGAUUAAGACUUGGAAAUCAGAAGUACAGUCAACUGAAGACGAGGAACCCAUUAGUGAACUUCUUAGUAUGUCUCCAGUGUCUGGUAUAACAUACCACAGGUCUAAACCCAUCUUUGCUACAUGUGGUGAGCAUUGUCAGUUGUGGGAGAAUACAAGAAAUGAGCCAAUAAAAGUUUUCAAAUGGGGAGUGGACAGCCUUCAUCAUGUAGCUUUCAAUCAGGUGGAAAAAAAUCUACUAGCAUCCUGUGCGAGUGACAGAAGUGUCAUACUUUAUGACUGCAGAGAAUCAGGACCAUUACGCAAAGUGGUAAUGGAGCUGAGGUCCAAUGCUCUCUCCUGGAACCCUAUGGAAGCUUUCAUAUUCACCGUAGCCAAUGAAGAUUACAACUUAUACACAUUUGAUGUACGAAAACUGAAUCAACCAGUCAACAUCCACAUGGAUCAUACUUCGGCAGUAAUAGAUGUGGAUUAUGCACCAACAGGAAGGGAGUUUGUCUCAGGGAGCUAUGACAAAACUAUUAGAAUAUUCGAAAGCUUAAAGGGCCAUUCUAGAGAUGUUUACCACACAAAGAGAAUGCAGAGGCUGACUUGUGUAAAGUGGACUUUAGAUAACAAAUAUAUACUGUCUGGUUCUGAUGAAAUGAAUAUCAGAAUGUGGAAAGCAAGAGCAUCAGAGAAACUUGGUGUUCUAAAACCCCGUGAAAGAACUGCACUGAACUAUGCAGAUGCUCUAAAGGAGAAAUUUGCUAACCAUCCACAAGUAAAGCGUAUUGCACGUCACAGGCAUGUACCUAAACAUAUUAUGAAUGCUCAGAAGGAAAUAAAGACAAUAAGAGAAAAGAACAAGAGGAAAGAAGGUAAUAGGCGUGCCCAUAGUAAGCCGGGAGCUGUACCAUUUGUUGCUGAACGUCAGAAGCAUAUUGUUAAAGAAGAUCACUGA